AGAGAGAGAGAGAGAGAGGGGGGAAAAAAAGAGAGUUUCUUCAUCCAGGGAGUGUUGGCCUUAGCCUGCGUGUGGAUUGGGGAACUUACUGUGGGAAAGUAAACACGGACGGAUAUUUCCAGCCCAUCUCAGCCGAGGACUGGAGGAUAAGGGGGUCGGGUGCGUGAGCGUGGGACCUCAGGGGGGCUGUGCAGCGUUGGGAUGGGGGCUCGUUUCUGGAGCCCGUUCCUCUGAAGGCUCAGGCUGCAUGGGGGAGUCCUUGGAUUAAAGUCUUUAGGAGGUGCUGCGGUUCCCUGCUGGCCGUCCUACCCUGGAGCUAGGAGAGAGGCUGAUGUGACUGCAGACCGACCCGAUGGCAUCCCCGCACCCCACCGCCCCGCCCACGCCCGAUCUCAUGUCCACCUGCACGUCCCAAGCUCUGCCGCAGCAGGAGGAGGAUGACGACGAUGAAGAGCAGGGGGAGAAGUUUGAGUUUGAGGACAGCGAAGAGGAGGCGGAGAGAAUCCCGAACGGCUCGGCUCUGAAGGACCACGGUGUCGGCUCUGCCGGGGAACCCGCGGAGAUCCCCAGGGCUGCUGUGGUACCCGCGGAGAUCCCUGGGGCUAAAGGGAGCCAGAGCUCAGCGCUGAAGCAGCCCUCAGCGAGCACACUGCAGAGACACAGCGGCACGCCCCCUGCUGGCCAGGAGGGCUCCAGUGCUGACACAGCUCUCCGUCUCAAUGACACAGAUGUAGCUGUCACUGAGACUAUGGAGGGGGAGUCUCCCUGCACUUCAGGAGAACUGGACCCUACCCUCUCCGAAGGCCAGACGCCGCUCGAACCCCAGGCCCCCGCUGAAACAGAGAGCCCGGACGUGAUCUACGACGACGUGCCCUUCGAGGGCCUCCUCACUCCUGAAGAUGAAGAAACCCUGAUAUAUGAAGACGUGCAGAAGUCGGAGGGCGCGGACAACGGCUGGAGCUCCAGUGAGUUUGAGAGCUAUGACGAGCACUCCGACACCGACAGCAGAGCGCCGCCCGCCCGCAGCAAGCUGCCUCCAGAUGUUCGCCGGCUGAAGGAGCGUUGCGCCAAGACCAAGCGCGAGCUGGCUAUGAGGCUCGGGGGCAGAGACGUCACCCAGAUCAGGCAGAGCUAUGACACCAAGGUGCAGCAGCUGAUGAAGGCAGCCAGGAACGGGACUAAAGAUGGGAUUGAGAAGACCAGGAUAGCCAUGCUACGUAAGGUGGCCUUCCUGCACAAGAAGGACAACUCGGAAGAGACGGAGGAUGACGCUGGGUAUCUGGAUGUGACCGUGUCAGACUCCAAACACCCUCCACCCCAGCUCUGCCCCAUGCCCCACGGACUGAGCAGCCAGCAGGUCGUCCGACGGCACAUCCUGGGCUCCAUCGUUCAGAGCGAGCGCAGCUACCUGGAGUCCCUGAAGAGAGUCCUGCAGGAGUACCAGAAGCCCCUGCUGGAGGCAGACCCUCGGAUCCUGAGCCAGCGGAAGAUCCGGCCCAUCUUCUUCCGUCUGCGGGAGAUCCUGCAGUGCCACUCCAUGUUCCAGAUCGCCCUGUCCUCACGCGUGGCCGAGUGGGACGACGCCGAGAUCAUCGGGGACCUGUUUGUGGCCUCCUUCUCCAAGUCCAUGGUGCUGGACGUGUACAGCGACUACGUUAACAACUUCACCAACGCCAUGGCGCUCAUCAAAAAGGCCUGUGUCUCCAAACCCGCCUUCCUGGAGUUCCUCAAGAAGAAGCAGGCGUCCAGCGCAGACCGCAUCACGCUGUACGGCCUGAUGGUGAAGCCCAUCCAGCGCUUCCCCCAGUUCAUCCUCCUGCUGCAGGACAUGCUGAAGAACACGGCGCGGGGCCACCGCGACCGGCUGCCCCUGCAGCUGGCCCUGACGGAGCUGGAGUCUCUGGCCGAGCGGCUGAACGAGCAGAAGCGCGUGGCCGACCAGGUGGUGGAGAUCCAGCAGCUGGCCCGCAGCGUCAGCGACCGCGGCCUGAGCAAGUUGCUGAACUCGGAGCAGAAGCAGCUGAUCCUGUGUGAGACUCUGAUAGAGACAGUGUACGGGGAGAGGGGGCAGGUCAUCAAAUCCAAGGAGCGCAAAGUGUUCCUGCUCAACGACAUGAUCAUCUGCGCCAACAUCAACAUCAAUCGGGGAAAAUGUGCUGUCAGGGUGUUUUCAUUGAAAAGUGUACGGGCAGAGCCAAACGCCAUGCCGAUGUUGACCACCAGGGGGCCCCCUGACAUCAGCAGCCUGGUUCCCGUGGGGCCGAAGUACGUCAUGAAGUGGAGCGCCCCCUUGCUGCAGGUGCAGGUGGUGGAGGUGGGGCAGGAGAACUCCCAGAGCAAGGAGACGCUCUUCCAGCAGUGUGGGGCCAAGCGACUGAGCAGCAGCAGUGUGUCAGGGCUGAAACAAGGUGAGCUCACAGGGCCGAAACAAGGUGAGCUCACAGGGCCGAAACAAGGCAAGCUCACACGUGCGUGCUCUGUUGCAGGGCCAAAACAAGGUGAACUCACAGGGCCGAAACAAGGUGAGCUCACAGGGCCGAAACAAGGCAAGCUCACACGUGCGUGCUCUGUUGCAGGGCCGAAACAAGGUGAACCCACAGGGAAGGUGUUCCUGGGUCCUCCUCGUCUCUUCCAGGAGCUGCAGGAGCUGCAGCACGACCUGUCUGUUGUGGAGGAGAUCACGUUGCUCAUGGGGACACUUCAGGGGGCGUACCAGAAUCUGAACACGACGGUGGGGCAGGACUGGUGCCUGGCUCUGCAGAGGCUGAUCCGGAUCAAAGAGGAGGAGAUCCAGUGCGCCAACCGGUGCCGCCUCCGGCUACUGGUCCCGGGCAAGCCCGACAAGUCAGGACGUCCUGUGAGCUUCAUGGUGGUCUUCAACACCCCCAGCCCUCUCAGCAAGAUCUCCUGGGUCAACCGGCUACACUUGGCCAAGAUCGCGCAGCGGGAGGAGAACAUGCCCGGCUGGUUCUGUGCCGAGGACGACGGGAAGACGAAAGCCCCGUUCUGGUGUCCGCUGCUGGCCUGCCGCGUGCCCGUGUUCUCCACCAGGAUGCAGGAGCAGAAGCUGGAAGCCGCGCUGCACAACCCGGUCCAGUGCGCUCUCCUCGGCUUCUCGGCUGCCAGCACGUCCCUGCCCCAAGGCUACCUGUGGGUGGCCAGUGGAGGCGAGGGGCAGGGGCAGGUGGACAUCUUCUCCCUGAACCGGCCCACCCCCCGCCCUGUGAAGUCCUUCCAGGUGGCGGCCCCGGUGCUGUGCCUGGAGUACGUGACGGAGCCCGGCCCCGCGGAGGAGGCUGAGCGGGGGGUCAGAGACGGCCUGACACGGGUGGGCAACACCAUCUGCGUGGGGCUGCACGACGGCAGCAUCCUGGUUUACGGCAGUGUGGACACAGCCGCUCAGUGCCUGCAGACGUUCAGCAGUCCGGACGGCUGUCCCAUCCUGUGCCUGAAACACACGGCCCACUUCCUGUUCGCUGGGCUGAGAGACGGAGGGGUGCUGGUGUACGGUCGCAAGGAUGGAGCGGAGCUCUGGGACUCUGCGUCGUGCCGCAGGGUGGUGGUGGGGGCCCAGCCCGUCCGGACCCUGCUGGCGCUGGAGGACUGCGUCUGGGCCAGCUGCGCCAACCGGGUCACCGUGAUCCAAGGCUCCAGCCUCCACACGCAGAGUUUUGAGGCCCAUCAGGACCCCGCAGUGAGUGUAGCCCACAUGGUGCGGGCGGGGGGCGGGGUGUGGAUGGCGUUUUCCGAGGGUUCGUCCAUCUGCCUGUUCCACACGGAGACGCUGGCACACCUUCAGGAUAUCAACAUCUCCACGCGCUCCACCUUCCUGGACCCAGGUCAGAAGGCCGUGCGUGUCACCAGCCUGCUCAUCUGCCAGGGCCUGCUGUGGGUGGGCACUGCCCAGGGCAUCAUCAUCACUCUGCCGGUGCCCAAGCUGGAGGGCAUCCCCAAAAUAACAGGAAAGGGAAUGACCUCGCUGAACGCCUACAGCAGCCCGGUGGACUUCCUGGUGGCCACGUCGAGCGUGCUCUCCCCGGAGCUGCUGAAGCGCGACUCGCUGGCGGACGGGCCCGACUCCGCGGAGGAGCGCCCGGACUCCUCGUCCCUGGAGUCCCUGCAGCCGGCCAGCGACUCGCCGCACCGGGAGCGCCGGGGCAAGGGCGUGCUGCUGCAGUACCGGCUCCGCUCCACGGCCCAGCUGCCCGGGAAGGUGCUGUCGGCCCGGCCGGACCAGACCUCCGACUCGUCGCUGGAGUCGCUGGAGCACAGCCCGGAGGACGGCUCCAUCUACGAGCUGAGCGACGACCCCGAGGUGUGGGUGCGCGGCCGGCCCUCCGCCCGCGAGGGCGUGCGGCGGGACAGGGUGACCUCGGCCGCCGUCAUCGCCGGGGGGCGCGGCUUCCGCCGGCUGGGCGGGGCGGGGGGCGGCGGGGGCGCGGCAGGCGGCGACCAGGAGGCCAGCGAGACCACGCUCAUGGUGUGGCAGCUCCCGCUCACGGUGUGAGGCCGCCCGGAGGCCGUCUGAGAGGACGCUAGCGCCCUCUAGUGGCCCGGAGACGCCACGCGUGGGCGGGAACAGACUGCCGCAGUGCCGGUUUGGCUCGGAGGCUUCCUAUCGGUGGAGCUCCCUGCCUAUUGCGGGUGUUCGGACAGGUCCUCUGGAGAGCGUUGAGUCAGACAUCGUCCAGCUGAACACAAACGUGUGUCUGUGUGUGUGUGUGUGUGUGUGUGUGUGUGGGUGUGCGCUCAAUACGGCGAAGCACAGCCAACAUAACUCACAACAUUAAGCUUUCGCACGGACUGCUCAUUUCAACAGGGGAAAUCACCACGAUGUGGAAGAACUUUUCCCACAUCUUUGGAAGCACUAUGAAUGUGUCAAAAAAAAUGUAUUAGAAGUCUUCAAGUCUUUUGUAAAAAAAUCCCGCAAUCUCCAAUCCGUCGUCUUUUAGUGAUGGCUCUGAGCACCGUCUUCUGUGUAGCAAGCCACUAAUAACAUUGUCCACUUUGUCACACCUCAAGGGGAACAGAUGUCUUUGAAAGGCACUCGAGCGGAUAAGGGUUAACGGUACUGUUUGUGUAACUAUAAAUGUUGUGUUCUCUGUGAAUUGUUCCUGGGCACAGAUUUGUCUUUGGCAGUAUACCGUGUCCCGUUCAUGUUUGUCUUUAAUUUUGUGAGAAGAAAAACCUGUCGUGUGGGGGAAAAAAAAAAAAAACAAGGACAUUUAUUCCGUUCCAGCUUCUUCCACAGGGUAUGGAGAGGGCAGGUCCGUGAGGGAAGCCAGGCUAAGCACUGCAGUCUGGGCUCUCUGGUACUUACUGCUAAAGGUACACUUUCCACUGUGUCACUUUGCUGUAAAAUAAAAAUAAUAAGACGUCUCAUACGGA